AUCAGAGCUCCUCGCCUUCCCUCCGGUGCCAUGUCGCAGAGCGGGAUCCCCGGACUGCAGGAGGAGAACCUGCAGGGCUCUUGGGUUGAGCUGCACUUCAGCCAUGGCUCAAACGGGAGCGGCGUCCCUGCCUCGGUCUGUCUCUAUAAUGGUGACCUGGAGAAAAUACUGCGGGACGCCCAGCAUGAAUCUGGAUGGAGCAGCUCCAAGAGCUCUCACUGUGACAGUCCGCCUCGCUCACAGACCCCACAGGAUAAUAACAGAGCUUCGGAGGCAGAUUCCCACAGCGUCGGGGAGAAGAAGAGCAUCCAGUCCGAGGAAGACUACUUGGAGAGGAGAAAGGAGGUGGAGAGGAUCCUGAAGAAGAACUCGGACUGGAUCUGGGAAUGGUCGAGCUGGCUGAAAAAUGUGCCCCUCAAGGAGUUCCUCUUCAGACACCCUAGGCGUGCCACCGCCCUGAGCAUGAGGAACAUGAGCGUCAUGAGGAAGGGCGGCAUCUUCUCGGCUGAGUUCCUGAAGGUGUUCCUCCCGUCCCUGCUGCUCUCCCACCUCCUGGCCAUUGGACUGGGGAUCUAUAUUGGAAGGCGCCUGACCACCUCCACCAGUACCUUCUGAGGAAGAACUGGAAUCGGCUUUUUUCCCCUGCGGGGCUUAGCGGAGCUUGCAGCGCAGCUGCCCAAGGAGCUGUCCCAGUCCUGGGGUG